AUGAAGCCGUACACGUUGGGCCUCACGCGAGCAGCUGCGGCAGGUGCACCCAUAGCCCGUGACCAAGACCAAGAUGUCCAGGACAUGGCUGACACAAGCGCUGGCAAGUUAAUACACUUCCAGCACGGAGAUACGAACGCCAAGCAUCAUCCUGUGUUGUCACGUGCACCGCCUACGGAGAAUCUGAUGCAGGUUGUGGACUAUCUG